AUGACGACUGAAUUGCAGCAGUCGAAAAUGGAAACUCCGCCAAAGGCGGAUGUCGCUAGAACCAGACAGGUCUCAGUCUUUGGUACUGUCCGUCGCUUCUUAGAGGAGCUUGAGCCUGAGGAGACUGCUAGUCUGGUGAUUGGAGGUUGCGCCAUGGUCGUCAAUGCUACGACCAAUAUGCUCUAUCCUAGGAUCAUCGGCACCAUCAUCGACUCUGGUAGCACGGGUAAGGUCUUCGGACCCGGAUCUUGGAUUCCAGGUAUUGCCCAAAACUUACCACAUUUGGAUGAUGAUGAAAUCCAAACUAUCGGUUGUCCAUACGCCAUGUUUAAGAGACUCUUAUUUUCGGCUCUACCGCUGUAUGCAGCAGGAAGCUUGGCAUCGUGGCUCAGAGUUUCAAGUAUGAAACGCGCUAUAUACUUGAUCCAAAAGCGUUCGCGUAAGAAAAUGUAUAAGAAACUCUUGAUGCAAGGUGCCCCUUUCUUUCACACUCGUGCCUCUAGCUUGCUGAUAUCUAAACUGCUAAACGACUGUGAAGAAGGACCUAAGUCAAUGGUAGAGAACGCAUUCAUGUUUUUGCGUUGCUGUAAUUCCGUGAUUGGUGGUACAUUCAACCUUAUCAGCAUUUCGCCUUGCCUUACCGGUCUUACCAUGACCUGCAUACCCUUCUUUGGUCUAUUCGUCAUUGGUUACUCAUCUAUAAUCAAGCGCUGCCAUCGCAGGCUUAAGGAUAUGGUGGAUUUGGCCAUUGGUCAGGCUGAUGAGGUUAUUAGUAGCAUUGAAAGCGUGAUGAGUUUCGGUAAGGAGGCAGACGAAAUCGAUGCAUUUUCUCAUUCUUUGGACAAUUGCGAUGCCAUAGCUCGGGGUGUAUGCAACUCUGAGGGUGUAUUUAUGGGAUCUGUGCUAGCUGGAUUCAACCUAUCAACGCUUCUGAUGUUAUACUGUGGAUCGUACAAAAUGAAAUCCGGUGAUAUUUCCGCGGGUAAUCUAGCUUCAUUUAUCUUAUAUGGAGGUCUGUUCGGACUCGGAGUAUCAGGUCUUUCAAAGAUUGCCUCUGAGGUCUCGAAGGCAGCGGUGUCUAUGCAGCGUGUUUACGAGAUCCAUGAUCUAGAGGAGAUAGAAGACGCAAAGGCUACACUUGAAUCCGUACGUGGCUCAAUAGAGUUUGAAAACGUCUCGUUUUCUUACGAUGCACGCUCUGAAAUGCCCGUACUUCGUGACUUCAACCUUAAGAUCGAAGCUGGCGAGGUUUUGGCCAUAGUUGGCGCUAAUGGAAUGGGUAAGAGCACUGCGGCGGCAUUGUUGACUACUCUGUAUCGUCCAACACGCGGACGUAUCCUGCUUGACGGUGUUGACUUAUGUAGCCUAAGUUCGCGCUGGUUGCGCAGCAAGGUUUUCACUGUUGUGACUCAGGAACCACUGCUCUUUUCUAUGUCCAUAGAGGAUAAUCUGCUCUAUGGCAAUGAGGAUUUGACUGAUGAGCAACUACGUGAAGCUACGCGCAUGUGUGACGUACACGACUUCAUCGAGUCGUUACCGGAUAAGUACCGCACUGUAGUUGGUCGUCGCGGCUCGUUACUUUCAACAGGGCAGAAGCAGCGCCUAGCUCUGGCACGCGCGCUGCUCCGAGACACGCCAUGUGUGAUACUGGAUGAGGCAACGUCAUCAAUCGAUGGGUCGUCGGAAGAACUGGUGCGUUGUAUCGUCAACCGCAAGGAUAAGCGCAAGACUGUUAUUGUGAUCACCCAUCACGCAGCAACACUGCGCAAUGUGGACAAAGUGGCCGUAUUGAAUGAGGGCCGCCAUGGCAAGAGUCCCGUUGGCGGUGCCAGAGUCGGUAUUCGUGUGACCAUUAGUGACAGUUACCAUCUCAGUGGCGGUCCAUUCUGCUGCUUCGUAAGAGUAGCACCUAUCGCAUCAAACUGGUCGGAUUCGGAUGCUCCAGUAACCAUAGACUUCAUAUCGCUAAAUGUGUAUGGUUUGGCAUCGUUCCGCGACCUGCCACUUCAACCUUCAAAGCUACAGAACACUCUCCAUUUUGGUUUUUUAAACGAAGCGCGGCGAGGACUGAAGAUUGACGAGUCAGCCCAUCUGAUAUUUGCGUCGGAUGCAGCACUUUUUUCUACAUGUUCUGAGAUUGAUGGAUCAUCCACGGCGUCGUAUUAUCGUUAUAUGUGCACUAUACCCCCGUUUUUGCCUCCUACAGUCGAAAGCGAAAACGUAUCAUACAAAUACUACGUUUAUGUAACGGUGCAAUAUAGUUUGGGAUCACGUACUCCUCAGCGUGAGACACUGCACCGCAGACUGGAGUUUGCCGUGGUUGGUUCAGUCUACCCAGGUAUACCAACUCUAGAUAAUGUAUUUUACCCUUUUCUGCCAAAGAGCGAGGGCUACCUUUUUGAGGGUGGCCGCGUGGCUGAUGCCGUAAUGCCCAAAGUAUGCAUGGACAUCAUCGAUGAGAACUAUGGCCGCGAUAACAUGUUUUUUAACUAUGAAACACAUCUGGAUACAUUAGAAUCGGAUUCGGAGGCCGCGGAGGUGCGCAAUAUCCACAGUACUAGCAAGUUACUACUGACGAGGGACUUGAAUGCGUUCUGGCACGUGUGGGACACUAUGAACGGUUCCAACUUAUCGCAUGAGCCAGAGGAGUCGUAUGUGUUACGCAGGUACAACGGGUUCAUCGAGAGAUUCACCAACCUCAUACUUAACGACACCACAGAUGAGCAAUUCGAGCAGUUACGCCCAUGGUUCGGUAGCAUGUUGCGUCCCGAUGUGUCCGUGGGAUGCGAAGACGAUUCUCCGUCCCUACGCCGCGAGAUGCUACAAAUGUUCUAUAAAGAAGUUGAGGAACGCCAUACGCAGGCCCAUGGCGCCACGGUAGAGACCCUACGGAGAGCUGCGGGCGACGCUUUGGAGGUGCUCCGUGAGACACCUUCAGAUGGUAGUUUACCUAAAUUCUUAUUGAUAACGUUUGCAGAUUCUAUGAAGACAUUAAGCUUUGCAUUCAGAGGUCGCCGGUUCUGUACCUGCAAGUUGCAGGGUUUCGGGCAGCUGCUAGACGCUAACGAGUUUACGCUACCAACCAAUUCGUGGUUCACGGUAUCUUUUGACUUCCCAGAUGCGUUCCUUUGCCUACAAGUAGACGUAGCUCUAGUUCGUUGCGACAGUGCUGGUCCUAGUCAAACACACUCGAGCGAAAGGUCUGUACUUAAGCGGUCGUUGUUUACCCUUGGCAAGAGCACUACUAGCGUCACGCUUUAUGCACCGAUGGAUACGGCACCAACGUUCACAUCUAGUCUUCUCAGCGUAUCAUACAAGCUAGAACUAUGUUUCCAUCACUUCCCUGAGCCUAGCCGAUGCCUCCGUGCGGACGCUAGAAGAGCUGAACUUAGUAAGCUCCGCAUGCUGAGAUGGGACCAUCCUGUACGUAUGCUUCAGAGCGAGUCACUGCGAGUACAAUCGCGUUGUUUCUCACGUGAAGAGUCCGUUUCUAUGGUUCGGCUUCUGUGCUUGGCGCGUGAGGUUUGUGAGCGGUCAAAUACAUCCGGUUUGUUACGUGGUGCGCUAGCACUAUCAACCACAUUAACUAUUAACUAA